UGAUCGAGCAGCUUCCCAUGGAUCUGCGCGACAGGUUCACCGAGAUGCGCGAGAUGGACCUGCAGGUGCAGAGAGAACAUUUUGUUUCCUGCUCAGUUUGUAACUGGCUAGAAUGUUCCAAAGUCAGCAGUCUAGAGCCCUGGGUGAGGAGUUUGGGUCGUGCUUUAAGUCACUACCACUGCUCUUAGGGACAAAAAACCUUUAGAACUUGGAGUCCUGCCUGUCCCAUGCUGGAGAGCACAAGAACCUUGAUGAGAAUCCUACCAGAAUGCAAUUCUGCUUCUUGGAAAUUAAGAUGCAAUGGAUCAGCUUGAGCAGAGGGUAAAUGAAUUUUUUAUGAAUGCAAAGAAAAACAAACCUGAAUGGAGAGAAGAACAAAUGACAUCAAUCAAAAAAGAUUAUUAUAAAGCUUUGGAAGAUGCAGAUGAAAAAGUGCAACUGGCUAAUCAAAUAUAUGAUCUGGUAGACCGUCACUUGAGAAAAUUGGACCAGGAACUUGCUAAAUUUAAAAUGGAACUUGAAGCAGAUAAUGCUGGAAUUACAGAAAUAUUAGAGAGACGGUCUCUGGAGCUGGAUACACCAGCACAGCCUGUGAAUAACCAUCACUCCCAUUCUCACACUCCAGUAGAGAAAAGGAAACACAAUCCAUCUCACCAUAGUACAACAGAUCAUGUUCCUGAAAAGAAGUUUAAAUCUGAAGCUCUUCUAUCUACCCUGACAUCAGAUGCUUCUAAAGAAAACACACCAGGGUGUCGAAACAGUAAUUCAUCAUCCUCUUCAAACAAUGCAUACAAUACAAACUCUUCUCAACCAUUGGCAUCAUAUAACCUGGGCUCAUUAUCUUCAGGAUCCGGGGCCGGUGCAAUUACCAUGGCAGCAGCUCAAGCAGUGCAAGCCACGGCACAGAUGAAGGAGGGAAGACGAACAUCCAGUCUAAAAGCCAGCUAUGAAGCAUUUAAGAACAAUGAUUUUCAGCUUGGAAGAGAAUUUUCAUUGUCCAGAGAUUCAGCUGGAUAUUCAUCAUCAGCUCUGGCAUCUACAUUAACUCAGACGUUAAGUUCAUCAACCACAGAUUCACGAAGUGGCAGAAAAAGCAAAAACAACAACAAAUCCUCAAGUCAGCAGUCCUCAUCAUCAUCAUCUUCUUCCUCUCUAUCAUCAUGUUCUUCUUCAUCUGCGCUGGCACAAGAACUGUCUCAGCAAACAGCAGUAAUACCAGAGUCUGAUUCUAACAGCCAGGUUGAUUGGACCUAUGAUCCAAAUGAGCCACGUUACUGUAUUUGCAAUCAGGUGUCCUAUGGUGAAAUGGUAGGCUGUGAUAACCAAGAUUGCCCUAUUGAGUGGUUCCACUAUGGAUGUGUUGGACUGACAGAAGCACCAAAAGGGAAAUGGUACUGUCCACAAUGUACAGCUGCAAUGAAGAGAAGAGGCAGUAGACAUAAAUAAGUUUGUUCAUCUGGAAAAAUAUUGCAUAAUAAAGGUUUUAUAAAGGACUUGGGAGGGGAGGGGCAACUCUCAGCACACUUCCUUGCAACCACUGAAGAGUAACAUAGCAAUCAUAGAAUGGUAAGGUUGGAAGGGACCGUAAAGAUCUUCUAGUUCCAGCCCCCAGUCAUAAGAUCUUGAACUAUUGGUUUUGCUAAGUCGUGUUUUAAUAUUGUAGGUAAAUUAUUUAUGCACCUUGAUGUGCUACAGAUACUAUUCCAGUGAGCCUUGGAUUGUUCCAGUGGCCAGCAUAUGCAGAUAUUUGUACUAUCAAACCAUUUUCUCUAAGCAGUGGGCAUUCUACAAAUACUCAAUCUUCCAAAAAUUCCGAUAAGUCAAGAUUUUAAAUUUAUGUUUUAUAUACAACAGAUAUAUUCUGCUGCAUGUACUGUACUCAAGAGCUGUUACGUAACACUAUGUAUAUUAAUAGUGCAAAAAGUCAGUGCUUCUGAAAGGAAAAAGAGACAGUGGUUUUUAAAAUGCCUUUAUAGCUUUGGUUCUUUAUGAAACUUAAUUCAGCAGGCUGAAGAAAAUGGUUCUUGUAUACAGCGGGCUGUUGUCCUUUAGGGUACUUGAGUAUGUAAAGACAAAAAUGCUGUAGAAUACAACAAACUUGUGCCAUUAGUCUUUCUAUGUUUCUGCUCCAGAGAAGGCGGGGGCCAUAAGAAGAAAAAAAGGUGUUAAAGUGACGAUAAAUUUUUAUACCAAAUGUGUUUAUUUUUUUGUGCAAGUAAUCCUUUAAAUUUGAAUUGUAUUAGGUGUAAAAUAAAAGAACCUCAACUCCUCA